GCCCGUGACUCGUGCCCGGCCAGCCCGGGGGGCAGAGGUGGCGGUGCGGGCGGCGAGGUGGCGGUGCGGCGGUCGGUGCCGACUCCCGGGAGUCGCCGGGAGCGAGCUUCCAAUGUGGAAAUGUGCUGUGCAUCAUAAACAUGCCCUUCGACAUUCAUGCAUGAACCAUCAUAUCUACAGCUAACUAGAAGAUUGUACUACUGGUGCAGAUAAUUUAAAAUGACAUUUAAACAUCCAAAGAAGGUGUCCUCAUGACUUCUCUCGCGGACCAUGUCCAUGAUCCUUUUUGCCUGUGUGGUCAGAGUAAGGGAUGGACUGCCUCUCUCAGCUUCCACUGACUUUUACCACACCCAGGAUUUUCUGGAAUGCAGGAGACGGCUCAAGACGUUAGCCUCGCGACUGGCCCAGUAUCCAGGUCGAGGUACUGCAGAAGGACUUAACUUCAUUAUACAUUUCUCUUCCUCCGGGGAUGUGGCCUGCCUGGCCAUCUGCUCCCGCCAGUGCCCAGCAGCCAUGGCUUUCUGUUUCCUGGAGACCCUGUGGUGGGAAUUCACAGCAUCCUACGACAACACCUGCGUUGGCCUCGCCCUCAGGCCGUAUGCCUUCCUCGAGUUCGAUGGCAUCAUUCAGAAAGUGAAGUGGCAUUUUAACUAUGUAAAUUUUGCUCAGAUGGGGAGCAGCUUAGAAAAAAUUCAGGAAGAACUCGAGUUCCAGCCACCAGUGCUUCUGAAACUGGAGGACACAGAUGUGGCCAACGGAGUAAUGAAUGGCCACACACCGAUGCCCUUGGGGCCUGAAAUGAUUUUCACUAGACACUUAUGUUUUUUUAAUUGUGAAGCUCCUAAUUUCCGAAUGGAACCUGUGUCGGCCGUGGGUAUCCUCUCCCUUAUCCUCAACAUCAUGUGUGCCGCUCUGAACCUCAUUCGUGGAAUUCACCUCACAGAACAUUCUUUACAGGUUGCCCAUGAAGAACUCGGAAACAUCCUGGCAUUUUUCAUUCCUUUUGUAGCCUGUGUUUUCCAGUGUUAUCUGUACCUGUUCUACAGUCCAGCCCGGACUAUGAAGGUGGUGCUGCUUCUGCUCUUUAUUUGCCUGGGCAACAUAUACUUGCAUGGGCUGAGGAACCUCUGGCAGAUCCUUUUCCACAUAGGAGUGGCGUUUCUGUCUUCCUACCAGAUCCUUGCACGGCAGCUUCAGGAGAAGCAGUCUGGCUGUGGCGUGUAAGGAUGCCUUCGUGGGGAAAACGGGUCCUUUGUCUUUGAGGGUCAUCUGUGGUUUCCCUCUUUGCUUCUCAACUGCACUUCAGAUUUCCAGCUCUGUUCAACCAAACUGAACUGCUAAGCCGAGAAUUAGGGAUUCUAAUGUGUGCUGGAGAAGGCCUGAGGUUGACCGAUGCCCAGUCCCAGGUUUGCGCUGUGUGAUAACUGCAGAACCGCCAGCUGAACCAUUUACUUCGGACGGCAGAUUCUGGCAGCUCAGCCAGCAGGAACAUUAUCAGGAGACCAGAACGGAAUUCUUUGGGUCUUUCAAAUGGAAUAAUGCAGUAAACCACUAGAUUCAGUGACUCUAGUUUUAAUAAUUGGCAAUUAAUCAAUUGUCUCUGCGAAACCACUUUAAAAAUCAGCGUCAGCUUUUCAGUCUACAUGAGACGUGGCUAGUACUUCUUUUAGAGGGUCAGACAGGGCGAGUUUAAGGCUUCAAUGCAUGGCUCAUAAACAGGAGCUUCAUCAAUUUUGUUUACAUUUUUGAUAAUUUAGGUUCCAUAUGAUACCUUUAGAAUAUUUAAAUAUAUUUUGGGCAUAAAUUGAAUUUAUCUUGAGGGGAAGGAUUAAGUCAAGAGAAGAAACUGGUUAAGAAAGCUAAGUGUUUCUGAUUUGUAUAUAACCUCUGGUGGUGGAACUACAUGGGUCCAGAUGGGUUUUAUAUUUAUUUGCAACGCAUAGUUUGCAUAUUAAAAAAUGGGGUAGCCAGUGUUCGUGGCUCAUAACCUUUUAAGCCUGUGCAGAAAGAAUGUCAGUGGCCACACUGGAGUAGCUGAAUCAUAGGGAGUCACUUGCUGCAACUUGGUAGCUGCAGGUGGGCGAGAGGCUGCUGUGCUGAGUGCGGUCCAUGCGGUCCAUGGCGGCCACAUGCCUGUUAAUAUAAUGAUGGUGAGCACUUGACUCUGUGUACUGUACUGUGCCCAGAUGAACUUCCAAGUCAACUAUUUCUCUACAGCUUUCCCAAUCAUCUUAAUUAAAUUAAGGGCCUGCCUCUUUUUUUUUUUAAAUGAGCACAAGUUAACUAGGUGCUGUUUUCAGACAUUCUCAAGUUAUAAUUCACCAUGCACCUUGAUAGGCUACUUUUCUUCCUUUCCUUUUCAAAAUCUUGAGGGAGCACAGGUUUUCGACGUGUGGAUCUAAGAUCUCCAGAAACCGCACCCUGAUUACCCAGACCCGUUAGAAGGCCCUGGAAGGAGUUUGCCCUGUGACUGUGACUGGCUCUUGGGGAGAAAUCUGGAAUCUAGAUAGCUCAACCACAGGUGUAUGCCCUACUUCAGGAUGAAUUCUGUGGUCUUAAUAGAUGGGAAAAAAAUCUAUUUUGAUCAUUUUUUAAAAGUUGAAAAUUAUCGCAGGGAUUAUUGGGUAGAUAGGGAAAGCAGUAAUGUUUUAGGGAAUUCAGCUGCACUUUCUUUUUAAUGGUGGUGUCUUGUUGAGUAUUCUUGGUAUCACUUCAGGAGAAACUGAUUUUAUAUGAUUGGGAACUGUGUUGGAAAAAUGUUGCCAUAGUAAUUUUAUUUUCGUAUAAUAGAAUCUUCUAUUUUUAAUCAAACACAGUAUCUGGAUAUGGACAUGCUAUUGGCAGCAUACUCCACACCUGAGGCACAGUGGUCUGUCCACUGGCUUCUGCAGCUGCAGUUAGCACACCUGGCAGGCGACUCUUAAGACUGACUGGGAGAUAGUUUUGGAGAAAUGGUGAAAUAGACUGGGAAGUCAAGGAGUAGAGACAAAUGUUUUUAAGUUAGAAGCACAAACAAGCUGAAAAAAUAAAAGCUUUAAAAAUUGCUAAGAACAGGGAGUCGGGCGGUAGCGGGUUAAGCGCAUGUGGCACAAAGCGCAAGGACUGGCAUAAGGAUCCCGGUUCAAGCCCCCAGCUCCCCACCUGCAGGGGAGUUGCUUCACAGGUGGUGAAGCAGGUCUGCUGGUGUCUGUCUUUCUCUCUCCCUCUCUGUCUUCCCCUUCUCCAUUUCUCUCUGGCCUAUCCAACAACAACAACAUCAAUAAUAGCUACAACAAUAAAACAACAAAAGGGAAUAAAUAAAUAUAAAAAAUAAUUAAGAACAGCUUACAGAUAAUGUUUUCUUUUCUAGCCCAUGUGGUACUAUUCUUUCCCUGUACCCCAGAAAUUGUGGGGGAGCUGAGGCUGAGAUGCACAUUCAGCAAAGAGCAAACAACAGCCCUUGUAGAGGAGUCCCUCCUGGCAGUGUCUCACACAAAGCAAGGCUCUACAUACUGACUUUUCA